AUGGCGGACCGCGAUACUCUUCCCGAGAAUGUCAAGCCCACCCACUACGCUCUGUCUCUCAGAGACCUGAACUUCAAGGACUGGACGUACCAGGGCACCGUCAGUAUUGACCUGGAGGUCACCAACCCCACCCGCGAGAUCGUCAUCAACGCCGUCGAGCUCAAGCUCUCCAAGGCCACUGUCACCGUUGUCCAGGGAAAGACCAGCGAAUCCUUCGAGUCGGCCGACAUCGCCCACGAUGAAAAGAAGCAACGCGCCACCAUCACCUUCUCUGAUGACAUUCCCGCCUCUCCCAAAGCCUCCGUCCUCAUCCACUUCCAGGGUAUCCUGAACAACGACAUGGCCGGCUUCUACCGCUCCAAGUACAAGCCCGCCGCUACUCCGUCCCAGGCCGUGCCCCGUGAUGACGAGUGGCACUACAUGUUCAGCACCCAGUUCGAAGCCUGCGAUGCCCGCCGCGCCUUCCCCUGCUUCGACGAACCCAGCCUCAAGGCCACUUUCGACGUCGAGCUCGAGAUCCCCAACGAAUUGGUCGCCCUGAGCAACAUGCCCGUCAAGGGAACGCAGAAGUGUCGAGACGGCUACAAGCUGGUGUCCUUCGAGACGAGCCCCAAGAUGAGCACCUACCUCCUGGCGUGGGCCAUUGGUGAUUUCGAGUACGUCGAGGCCUUUACCGAACGCAAGUACAACGGCAAGCAGCUCCCCGUCCGCGUCUACACCACUCGCGGUCUCAAGGAACAAGGCCGCUGGGCCCUGUGGCACGCUCCCAGGAUCAUCGACUACUUCUCUGACAUCUUCGGCAUCGACUACCCUCUGCCCAAGGCCGACCUCCUCGCCGUCCACGAGUUCACAGCCGGCGCCAUGGAGAACUGGGGUCUUGUGACCUACCGCACUACGGCUGUGCUGUACGAUCCGAAGACCUCCGAACCCCGCUAUGCCAACCGCGUCGCCUACGUCGUUGCCCACGAGCUUGCACACCAGUGGUUCGGCAACCUGGUCACUAUGGACUGGUGGGACGAGCUUUGGCUCAACGAGGGUUUUGCGACCUGGGUUGGCUGGCAUGCCACGGAUUACCUCCACCCCGAGUGGCAGGUGUGGCCUCAGUUUGUCACCGAGGGCAUGGAGAUGGCCUUCAAGCUCGACGGCAUCCGUGCCAGCCAUGCCAUCCAUGUCCCUGUCAAGGACGCCCUUGAUGUCAACCAGAUCUUUGACCAUAUCAGCUAUCUCAAGGGAUGCUCCGCCAUCCGCAUGUUGGCCAAUCAUCUCGGCGUCGACACCUUCCUCCAGGGCGUCUCUAACUACUUAAAAAAGCAUGAGUACGGCAAUGCCAAGACGGAGGCGCUGUGGGAUGCUCUCAGCGAGGCAUCUGGCCAGGACGUGCACAUGCUCAUGGGCCCGUGGAUCUCCAAGGUCGGCCAUCCCGUACUCACUGUGACCGAGGAACCCGACCAGAUCACCGUCAAGCAGUCGCGCUUCCUGUCGACCGGCGAUGUCAAGCCGGAAGACGACCAAACAACUUGGUGGGUUCCACUAGAGCUUGAGGGCAAGAAAGGUACUCAGGGCAUCACCUCUCUCGGCCUCGAGCAGAAACAGGAUGUCAUCCGCGAUAUCAACACCGAGUUCUACAAGCUCAACUCGGGUGCGUCCGGUUUCUACCGCGUCAACUACCCCGCCGAGCGACUUCUUAAGCUCGGUAAGCAGCUAGACCGCCUGACCACCGAGGACAAGAUUGCCACCAUCGGCUCUGCCGCCGACCUUGCCUUCUCGGGAUACGGUACCACCGCCGCUCUCUUGUCCUUUGUUCAGGGCUUUACCAAGGAAGAUAACUAUCUCGUCUGGAGCCAAGUGCUCGACUCGAUUGCGCUGAUCAAGUCCAUCUUUGGCGACGACGAAGUCAUCAAGCAGGGUCUGGAGACCUUCAUUCUCAAGCUCAUUGACGAAGCCGUCGCCAAGGUCGGCUGGGAGGCCACCGAGGGUGAGAGCUAUCUUACCGGACUUCUUCGCAAGCGCCUCAUCCUUACUGCCGGCGUCAACGGACAUCCUGGCGUUACCGAGGAGGCCCUCAAGCGCUGGUCUGCCUGGGUUGAGUCGCCCCAGUCUAACCCCUUGCCGCCCAACCUCCGCACGCCUAUCUACCGUGCGGCCGUUAAGAAUGACCCUGUCAAGUCCGUCGAAGUGCUCAAGAAGGAGUGGUUCACAACCCCCGCCAUCGACGGCAAGGAGGUCUGCCUCAGCGCCAUCGGUGCCGCCCGCGAUGAGAGUCUCAUCCAGUCCACCAUCCUCCCGUUCCUCUUCAACAAGUCGCCCCCGGCCCCGGCCUCCGAAUCAGUCCCCUCCUCUGACAUGCACGUUCUUGGCUCGAGCCUGGCGGCCAACUCGGCCGCCCGCCACCUGCAGUGGCGCUAUCUCAAGGAGAACUGGGACGCCAACGUCGUCAAGCUGGGCAACGCCGUCGUCGUGGACCGUUUUGUGAACAUGACCUUGUCCAAGUUCUCCGACACGUCCGUCAUCGGCGACCUGGAGGCCUUCUUCAAGGACAAGGAUACCAGCGCAUUCAACCGCACGCUCGAGACGGUCAAGGACAAAAUUCGAGGCCGGGCCGCGUACCGACAGCGGGAUGCCACGGCGCUCAAGGAGUGGCUUGUUGCGAAUGGCUACUCUUCCGCGUAA